AUGUUCAGGUUAGACACGUCGCUGGUGGUGGCGGCGCUCAUGUUGCACUCUGCUCUCGCUCAAUCACCCGUCUGGGGCCAAUGUGGAGGCAUUGGAUGGUCUGGGUUUACAACAUGCGCGAUAGGCUCAGCAUGUGCCUACGAGAACGACUGGUUCAGCCAGUGCAUUCCCGGAGCAGCAACGACCUCCGUAGCUGCGACUACAACUGCACCGGCGACAUCUGAUCCGGCUUCCACGCCCGUGGCAACUUCCACGACGUCCGCGACGGUGCCGGCCUCGACUGGCUUUGUCAGAGCGAAUGGACAGAAGUUCGAACUUGACGGGGAGGAGUUCACUCUUGUUGGCGAGAACACGUACUGGGUCGGCUUGAUGGGUUACAACACGACGCUCAUGGACCAGGGUUUCAAGGACAUCGCUGCUACAGGCGCCACUACAGCCCGUACUAUGGGCUUCAACGAGGUCACGUCCGAUCCAGGCAUCUACGUCCCGUACUAUCAGAUCUGGAACGGCUCAGUUCCGACGGUCAACAUGGGCUCAAACGGCCUGCCUAACUUCGAUAACGUCGUAGCGAUGGCCAAGAAGAACGGAUUGCGUCUUAUCGUUGCUCUCACAAACAACUGGUCUGACUUCGGUGGCUCAGAUGUCUAUGUCACGCAGUUGCUCGGCCCCAACUUGCCGCACGACUACUUCUACACCAACGCGACAGUCAUCGCUGCGUACAAGAACUACGUCAAGACCUUUGUCAGUCGCUAUGCUGACGAGCCGACUAUUCUGGCUUGGGAGCUUAUGAAUGAGCCUCGCUGUGCCGGCUCAACCUCUGUCGCGUCAGGCGCCUGCACGACUGACACGAUCACCAACUGGGCCGCCGACAUGUCCGCCUUCAUCAAGUCUAUCGACCCCAACCACAUGGUCUCUGUCGGCGACGAGGGCUUCUUCAACGAACCCGGCAACUCCAACUUCCUCUACCAGGGCAUCUUUGGUAUCGACAGUUUGGCGCUGACCAACAUCUCGACGAUCGACUUUGGGACGUUCCAUAUGUAUCCGAUAGGCUACGGGCAAACUACGGACCCCAUCGGAUUUGGCAGCCAAUACAUCCUCGACCACGCCUCCGUCCAAAAGCAACUCAACAAGCCGAUGAUACUCGAAGAGUUCGGCGUCAUUCAAUCGGAUGUAGACCAGGUCACGGCGUACACGCAGUGGUAUAAGGAUGUGCUCGCGGAUGGGCUGACGGGCGAUCUUAUCUGGCAAGCUGGGUCGUCGUUCACGACGAAUUUGGAUGAUGGCUACGAGGUGUACCCUGGUACCGCCGUAUACGACGUCGUGACGGAGUAUGCUGCCGCGCUGAAGGCUCGUGGGUGA